UAGUAACACGUAAUUUUAUAUGGCAAGACCUAAAUCAUAUGACAGUCUGCUUAUUGUAAAGGUUUUUCAGUCGAUAAAAAUGGCUGUGAAAAUGGUCGUUUUCUGGUGUUCCCUCGUCCUUUUUAUAGUCGGCUCUAAUGCCGCUGGGGAAUUCGACGUGAUUCACAGCCCUAAAUCCCUAAGCUUUUUUGGAUCCAGUAAGAUACCUGAAAGUCUCUUGAAAGAAGUGUUUUCCGCUGCUUUAGGACUGUCGGUUGAAGAGGGUACUGAAUGGGAUGGCAUGAUCAUUCUUGAUCCAUUCACUUUACCUGAAGCUGUAGUUGAAGUGUAUGUAGAUGGAGUUCCCAGCCUCGGUGAGACUAUUGAGCUUAAAUCAAAUGCCUUCCCGUUGACUGUGGACGAAUAUGAACCGGAUACUUUUGAAGCAGUUAAGCACAGGAUCCAGCAGCGCUUCAGCAAUGGACACAGUAGGCUCCUCAAGAUCAAGCUUACUGAUGUCAAUCAGUUGUCAUCAGGGGUGUUUGCAGACGUCAAAGUACCCAAGAAUCUUAAGCUGUCCCUGAGCCACUUGAAAUACUCAGUGGAAGAAGAUAGUGCAUUCCUUAAUGAGCUUGCAGCAUUGAAAGCUGUCACUGAAAAGAUUAAUUCCGGUAUCGUCUCAGGGGACAAUAUCGUCGAUUUUUACAAUUUCCGCUUCCAAUCGCUCCACGCCUUGUCCGACUUCCACGGCCCCAACUCUUUACAAGUCAAGGAAGCCAAAAAGCUUUUAGGGUCGGCGAUCUCUGAGCUGAGCGCGGCGUUCGCGGCGGCGUACGACGGCGCGGUGCUGGUGACGGCCGUGGCCACCGACGUGGCGCACACGCGCCGCACCGUGCGCGCCGCGCCCAGCGCCGCGCCGCAACAACAGCAGCGCUCGCUGAGUUCGGAAGACAGCUACUCUGAAGACUACUCGGCCAUCUUCAACAUCAUCUUGUGGUUCGGCCUCGUGUUCGCCUUCGCCCUGGUGGCCAUCGUGUACGCCAUCAUGGACAUGGACCCGGGCAGGGACUCCAUCAUCUACCGCAUGACCAGCACCAGGAUGAAGAAGGAUAAUUAGAUCCUUGUUACACUCGUAUAUCUUGUUGUUAGUUCGUGCAUUGUGAACUUACCGUUAUUAACCGCCCAUAAGAAUUCACAAUUUUUAACUCUGGUAAUAUAUUUAAAGCGUCAUCCAGUGUUGAAUGUCAGGGCGGUUAAAGAAAUCUGCCACACACAUGCUGAUACUCAACUUCUAUUUCUAUAGGGUAGGCAGUUCUACGAUCACAAAAUGGGUUAAGUUCCUACCAACACACUUGAUCCUUGUGGCUGAAAUGUUCUUGUUUCUUAACUAAUAAUUGUUAUUUGUACAAAAUAAGUAUAACUUAGAGUUAUAUUAGAGUUAAAAGUAAAAACUUGAAAGGAAUUUUAUUUAUUUGCGAAUAGUUGUAAAUAUAAAUCCUAAUUGUUUUCAGUGCUAUAUUUAUUGGAAUUUGACGGUGUAUUUGUCGUAUUAUCAUUUGUUAUACCUCUCUUUUUUUAAACAGUAUUAAAUUUACACAUCAAAUUUGUUGCUGCGAUUGUCCUUGUUCGUGAAAUAAAUAUAUACAUUCCUCCUAAAA